AUGAAAUUAACCUCUCCAAUAGCAAUGGGUGUUAGAACUUAUCAAGAUGCUGUUAAGAAGUUGAAUUCGUUGCAAUCUAAUUAUGCUACUAUAAUGGCCAUUAGACAAUCAGGAAACUCAAAGAAUAAAAUGGCCAUUUUGGAGAUGCAAGAAUGGACAAAAAGAAUUGGGUAUUCCAUUUCAGAUCUAGAUAACUUGAAUAUGAUCCAUAUAACCGGCACAAAAGGUAAAGGAUCCACAGCUGCUUUUACAGAUUCAAUUCUAAGUCAGUACAGAGAUUCCUUACCCAAAAUUGGUUUAUUCACAUCUCCACAUUUGAAAUCUGUUAGAGAAAGAAUUAGAAUUAACAGUGAACCAAUAGAUGAGAUGAAAUUUACUAAAUAUUUUUUCGAAGUUUGGGAUAAACUAGAGAGUACUCAAUCAUCGACAGAGAAGUUUCCUAAUAUGAUCAAGGGUGCAAAACCAGCUUAUUUUAAAUAUUUAACGCUAUUAUCUUUUCACAUAUUUUUACAAGAAGGAGUUAAAGGUUGUAUCUAUGAAGUUGGUGUUGGUGGUGAAUAUGAUAGCACUAACAUAGUAUCAAAACCUGUUACUUGUGGUGUUUCUUUACUUGGAAUUGACCAUACUUUUAUGCUAGGAAAUACAAUUGAAGAGAUUGCAUGGAAUAAAGGUGGAAUUUUUAAAACAAACGCACCUGCAUAUACAAUCAGUAACCAACCACAAGCGGGUUUACAGGUGUUACACGAAAGAGCCAAAGAACGUUCAACCACUCUGACAGUUUUGCCUAAUUUUUUUCAAUUAGAAAAUAUAAAAUUAGGUAUAGAUGGUAAAUUUCAACUUGCAAAUGCAUCAUUAGCAGUGGGACUUUCAUCGCAAUUCUUAUCAAAAAUGGAGAUUGAAAACAUCAAACCUAUAUCUGCGCGUGAUGCAACUAUUCCUGCUAAAUUUAUCAAGGGACUUAAAGCUAGUAGAUGGGAAGGUCGUUGUCAAACUUUAAAAGAGAAUGGUAGAAACUGGUAUAUCGAUGGGGCACAUACAGCUGAUAGUAUUAAUGCAGCCUCGGAAUGGUUUAAAGAUAUAGCGAUUAAGUCACCAAACAAAAAAGUAUUGCUAUUUAAUCAGCAGGCAAGAGAUGCUAAAGCUCUGGUAAAUUACAUUCAUGAGAAAUUAUACCCAGAAAUACAAUUUGAUGAGGUUAUAUUUACUUCUAAUGUUACAUGGAAAUCUGGAGCAUAUAGUAGUGAUUUAGUCUCUAUGAAUGAAGCGAAGGAGGAAGUUGAUAUGUUAACAGUCCAGAAAGCAUUAGCAGAAGAAUGGAAAUCAUUUGAUGACAAGUCUAAAGUUCACGUUUCAUCUGAUAUUGAAUCAGCAUAUGAGUUGAUUGAUAAUCUUAAAAUAAAUUCAAACGAAAUUGAUAUAUUCGUAACAGGUUCAUUACAUCUAGUAGGUGGUUUAUUGGUAGUAUUUGAUGGGAAAUAG